CAUGUUGUUGGGAGUUAUUUCUGGUCUAUUUACUGCAAAAGGAUCUGCGUCCGAGAUGCGUGGUGCUAACCGGGCCAGGCGCCUCUACAUACAUAGUACGUUGGCACAUGGACAAGCAUGGCCUGAGUGCAGUCCAUUGACGAGUGCGACUAGCAUUCACACUCCACAGGGUUGAAUUCAUCCGGCACCUAUCUCUCCCUCACCCGUCCGUAAUCU